AAACUUAAGACCUAAAUAAAUCCUGCGCCUUUCUCCAGCAUUACCAGCUCAUUCAGAACGGCGAGAUAUUUGUGUCCUCAAUAACCACCAUUAGAUUCAUCAACAGACUAAUUUCUUCACUGCCAAAAUGGCAUCACUUUCUACCUCUGCGCAGUGUUCAACAUCUGGCAGUGCUUGCAGGAGCUCUCCAAGACAGAUCAAGCAGGUACGACCAAAACUGCCACUUCUGAAGAUUUUGCAGGCAGCAGGUGCGCAGGGUGAAAUCUUCACUGUUACCCAGGUCAUGCACUUUCUAGGCCAAUAUAUAACAAUGAAGCAGCUUUAUGAUCCUCGGGAGCAGCAUAUGGUAUAUUGUAGUGGAGAUCUUUUGGGAGAACUCCUAGGAUGUCAGAGCUUCUCUGUGAAAGAUCCAAGCCCUCUCUAUGCUAUGCUAAGAAAGAAUCUUGUCGCUUUAACCACUGCUACUGCAGAUGCUGCUCAGACUCUCGCUAUCGCACAGGAUCAAAAUCUGGAUAUUCCAAGUCAAGACCACCUGAAGCAAAACGUGGAGGAAAGGCCCAGUUCCAGGAAAAGUGCUGAAGAAGGCAAUAUUCCCACACUGCCUACCUCACAGAACAAAUGCACGCAUUCCAGAGAAGAUGAGACAUCUAGGCUGGACCUCGGGCUUGAGGAGUGGGAUGUAGCUGGCUGGCCAUGGUGGUUUUUAGGAAAUUUGAGAAACAGUUACACACCUAGAAGUAAUGGCUCAACUGAUUUACAGACAAAUCAGGAUAUAGGUACUGUAAUUGUUUCAGAUGCGACAGAUGACGUGUGUUUUUUGAAUGAGUCAGUAUCAGAGCAGUUUGAUGCUGGAAUAAAAGUUGAAGCUGCUGAUAUUGAACAAACAAGUGAAGAAGUACGGAAAGUGAGAGACAAAAUGGUGAUUGAAGUGGGAAAAAGCGAUGACCUUGAGGACUCUAAGUCCAUAUGUGAUGAUACUGAUGUAGAGGUUGCCUCUGAGGAUGAGUGGCAGUGUACUGAGUGCAAGAAAUUUAACUCUCCAAGCAAGAGGUACUGUUUUCGGUGCUGGGCCUUAAGGAAGGAUUGGUAUUCAGAUUGUUCUAAGUUAACGCAUUCUCUCUCCACGUCUGAUAUCACUGCCAUACCCGAAGAGAAGGAAAAUGAAGGAAUUGAUAUCCCCGAUUGCCGCAGAACCAUAUCAGCUCCAGUUGUUAUACCUAAAGAUACAUACAAAAAAGAAGAAAACCCCAAACCCUUGGAUCCCUGCAACUCUGUGGAGUUCUUGGAUUUGGCUCACAGUUCUGAAAGUCAAGAGACUGUGUCAAGCAUGGGAGAACAAUCAGCUGACCUUUUCCAGCAGAGAACAGUGACAGGAAGCAUGGAGGAUUGCCGGAAUCUUCUGAAGCCAUGCAGGGUGUGUGAGAAAAGACCACGAGACGGGAACAUUAUUCAUGGAAGGACGAGCCAUCUUGUUACUUGUUUUCAGUGUGCCAGAAGAUUAAAGAAGACUGGGGCCUCAUGCCCUGCGUGCAAGAAAGAGAUUCAUUUGGUUAUUAGGGUUUUUAUAGCAUAGCUGUGAAUCGGUGAAUUUAACAAUAUUUACAGGGUCAGGUCAUGUACUCAAAACAUCAGUCUUGAGCAUCUUUGUUCAGUCUGACGCAUUAUUUAUUCAUGUAAACGUCAUGUUUCAGAACAUUUUUGUUUGUAAAUAUAUGGAAAUUGAGAAUGAGUUCUUUAAAACUAGACUAUUAAUAUGGGGACUUAGCAUAAAAAGAUACAUUAAUCACUUCAUCUCCCUUCAGAGCUGAGGAUCUGGGCCCUGGUUGGUGUGGCUCAGUUGAUUGGAUGCCAUCCUGUGCACCGAAGGAUCUUGGGUUCAAUUCCUGAUCAGGACACAUACCCAGGUGGCAGGUUCAGUCCCUAGCUGGUGCGCAUACAGGAGGAAACCAGUCCUUGUUUCUCUCCCGCUUCUUUCUUUCUAUAAUCAAUAAUUAAAAAAAAAAACACCUCACCCAGCCAGUGUAG